AUGCCUAGAAAACCCAGGGCAGCUGCUCAAGCAGCAGCAAAGUCAAUCAAAAACGUUCCCCAGCUUCCUGAUGCUGAUGGUUCUGACGAUGAAAUGGUUGAUGCACCUCCCUCAGAGGCUUCAUCACCUGUCAUCGAAGACAAUGAUUCUGCUGAUGAAAAUGCGCACGCUGAGGCUGAACCUGAACCUGAACCUGAACCUGAACCUAAAGGUGAUCAAGAUGGCGACGCUACACCCGCUCAGCCCGACUCCCCUAAGGUUGAAGACGCAGAUGCAGCCAUGUCAGAAACCCCUGCCACAGAGCAAACCCCACAGGUAGAAGAUGCAGAAGGAGCAGAAACUACCUCAUUCACUGGUGGGCGCCAAUCAGCCAUUCCCCGCAAACGUCGUCUCGGAAGACCCCCCAAGAACCGUCCCCCAGACUGGGAUGCACCUGACGGUCCAGAUACCCCUCUUCGCGUCAACACUCCAAAACGUAAACGCGGUCGACCUCCAACUGGUGGUGGACGUUGGGCACGCAACCGUGGACCAUCACAUUUGACCCAAGUACCCAUCGACAAAGAAGGAAACAUGAUGGAUGUAAUCAACGAUGAAGUAGCACUUCCACCGAAUGAACUAGGUGACACCAAAGUUGACAAGUACGGAAACUUACAAGGUGGACGUGAAUACCGGGUCCGUACUUUCACAAUCCUCAAUCGCGACAACCGUCUGUAUAUGUUGUCGACCGAACCCGCGCGAUGCAUUGGUUUCCGUGACUCGUAUCUCUUUUUUCAGAAGCACAAGAUGCUGUACAAGAUUAUUAUCGAUGACGACGAGAAACGUGAUUUGAUCGAGCGCGAUCUGAUUCCCCAUUCCUACAAGGGCCGAGCAAUCGGCGUGGUGACUGCGCGCUCGGUAUUCCGUGAGUUCGGCGCAAAGAUUGUGGUCGGUGGCAAGAAAGUUAUCGAUGACUACGAUGAACAGGCGGCCCGUGAGCGUGGUGAUGUCGAGGGUGAUGUCGCUGUGCCAGAAGAUAAGCUGCCCGGCCCAGGAGAGACCUACAAUCGCGACAAGUUUGUGGCGUGGCAUGGAGCCAGCGCCGUUUACCACACUGGAGCACCGUCAGUUCCUAUGGGUCCUGGAAACCCGGUUGUCGCCAGCAGGCGACGCAAGCAAGUGACGGAUGACAACUGGCAGCUGGAGCACGCGCGAGCAGCAUCCGCUUUCAACUCCCGUCUUGUCACGAUGCGUCGUGCAGCCCUCAGCGGUGUUUACGAUGUGCAUACCAACAUUAUGCAAUAUCCCCAGAUAAUGCAACCAACCCAUGCCCGCUUCGAAAGUGUACCUCCCCCCGACGCCGCAGGAUUAACAGCCGAUCUGUCAUCUCUGAACAUUGAUUCCGCCAUCAACGACCAUGCCUCUCCAGAGGCUAAUUCCGCUGAACCUCCGGCCACGACUAUAUUCCCACCCGUCCCUGCCUCAAUGUCCGACCGAUACGUCGUCCAGGACAUAAUAUAUGAAAGCCCACAAUACUCGAACAUGGGAAUCCCAGGCCCAGACGGCGAUCUGCGUAACCCGAACCAAAACGGUCUUGUGAGUAUCGCAAACGGCCACCCGGAGUUCAUGUCCCCAGAGAUCAUUGCCAUGCUUCCCGAUGACUGCAAAGAAGCUUUCAUAAAAGCUGCCGCUGAUGAAGCGGAAUGGAAAUUGAAGUGGUCGACUGAGGCCAACGAUGGCGCACGGUCACUCCCGCACAAGGGUACUGCCUGGUACCCAUAA